AAACUCUAUAGGCCCUAAUAGUUAGAAUUGCAUGUAAAAAUGGACUUUUCCAAAAGAGAUUUGAGUGAGGACUGGGGCUUGCUUACUGUCAAUCCGUCGCGUCCACGGCCGAACACAUUGCCAAUCAGCCUCGCUCACCACCGGCCAGCCUCACACUUCCUCCGUCCUUGUAAAGCGCAUCAGUUAUUUCACUCAACUCCUAAUCCCGAGAAAAAACUCUUUAUGAGCAGAGUUCUGUACAUUCUGUCAGGUGAUGACGGCGUGACUGAAGUUCAGUAGGCAUGACGAUAGGCCAGCAACGUAUAGAGUACGUGCCAAAGUCUUCCAUCGUGUGCAUAUGUGCCAAUUCUACAAUAAGUAUACCGUACGUGCCGAUGUUGAAAUUUGCCCUUGCCCUCGACACCUGCACUGUGUCGGUAAUUGUGUAUACACAUCGACACAGGAACCAAAACACUAUUUGUCAAGUAGCAAUCUCUCUGUCCCCUGUAGUUUAAGCUGCACUUCGGAGUUUUUUUUUAGCCAAGAUGCCUUUUUCGCCAGAGCAGACAGAACACCUUGCUGAGGGUGGCCUGUUGCCUCCAUUAGGGCAGGGCCUAGUCCGCCUGUACAGCAAUCGCUUUUGUCCGUUUGCCCAUCGAGCUCGUCUUGUCUUGGCCGCAAAGGAAGUACCUUUUCACAUUGUCAACAUUAACUUGAAGAGAAAACCCCAGUGGUAUUUCAGCAAGAAUCCACUGGGCACUACCCCAUGCUUUGAGAGUGACGGCAAGAUUGUGACUGACUCGGCCAUCAUCUGUGAGUUUCUGAAUGAUGCACACACCAACAAUCCUCUCUGGCCACAGGACCCUUACCAGAAAGCACUGGACAAGAUGGUUCUGGAAUACUUCGCCAGCAAGGUUAGUCCAGCUUUCUUCAAAUCCUCUUACUAUCCAGUCAAGGGGGAAGAAGACAAGUGGUUUGGGGAAUAUUUGACCCAUCUCGCUGUCAUCGAAGACAAACUCCAGGAGAGAGGUACUCCAUUCUUUGGAGGUUCAAAGCCAGGCAUGUUGGACUAUCUCAUCUGGCCUUGGUUUGAACGUCAAGUUGUGUACGGCAAUAAAUUGUCCUUCGAUAAGUUUCCGACUUUGUCAGCAUUCCGAGCAGCAAUGAAGCAAGACCUGCAGUACAGCAAGCUGCUGUGGCCGAUGACCUGUACGUCAAACAGUUCAAUAAUUACAUCAAUGGUAUCUAUGAUUAUGACAUCCAAUGAAAUCAGAUGUUAUCGUUCAUCUCAGAAAUGCAGUGUUUCUGCUCACAGAACCUGUCCUGUACAAGUAGAUCAUACCUAGUAUGUGUGGAAAACAACAGGGUGUCUUCCAGGGUUGGCCGGUUCAAACCACCUUGAUUUUAAAUAACCAAUGAAAGUUACAAUUUAAAUUAGAUGAUUUAAAAAAAAAUUGAUUUACAUCAAUGGUUUUUUUUUAAUGGGUAAAAUUUUCCAUUUGUUCAACUAACUGCACAUUCUUCCAGGUUCUACAUAUUCUAAAUGGCAACUACAUUUCUCUGGGGCCUUUAGAACCUUCUGAUGAAAACUGUGGAUGCGUGACAAUAGCAAACAGUCCACAUUGGCAGAGGUUUUCUUGGUCAAUUAAUUGACGAUUAACAUCUCUAUUUAGUGUUGCAGAACUGGUAUUUUUAUCGAUCAUUGGUGACGAUUUAGACCAAUCCAGCAUCCAGGAAUAGAAGCCAUUACUGCAGGGCCAUCCUAUUUACAUGCAGGUGGUACACACGUGUCAAAUUUCUCUCAGAAAGGGCAUUGUGACUUGCCAAAAUCAGUGCAAGCGCAUGCUCAAUGUAACACCCAUGUAUAAGUGGGAUGGCCCACAGGGAUGGCAUCUCCUCAGGUUUGUCUAUAAAAAUGUCUCAAUAAGUAUGGGAUUUUGUAAAAUUUACAUCAAAAUCACAUUAAAACAGCAUUUUUUUCCAAAAAUCUCUUUCUGUUGUUGUGCUGUUGCUAUGAGACGGGUAAAAAUGUGGCUUUAACAUGUUAUCAGUCUUGAGUACAUGUAUUGGGAAUGUUAGUUCAGUUUUUCCUUUUUUUGUAGAAAUUAAGUUUUGUUAUAUGUAGUUACUUAAGUACUUCAUGGUCUUUCAAUAAACUCAUACUAAUAGAUUUUGCAA